ACAUUCUGUUGACUGUCAAGUCCUGAUGGGGGUGUGAGCUCUGAUCCUUUCUCUUUCUCUCUCUCUCUGCUCAUUUCAGGAGAAGCCCUAGUUUUCUUUUUCUCUAGAAUGUGGCAAGUUCUGGUCGCUGCAGCAGUAGCAGGAUCGGGGCUCUUUGCGAAGCAUCUAUUCAACGCCGAUGGCAAUGGCGAUUCUGCCACCGAUGCUGCUCCGGAACAGAGCCGGCAGCGCGAGCGUUGCAGGAAGCGAGUACGUCGCGGCAAGUCCUCAAACCUCGAAAGUUUGAUCCCCUGCAUUCCUGCCGAAUCCAACGAUUUGAGUUCUGACAAGCAAGGUUCUGCAACGGGAGAAGAUGCAAUCUUUAGGUUUUCGAGUGAAGGGUCUUCGGAUCAAACUGGGGUUCGGUCUGGCGGUAAGAAGACGCGCAAAAGUAAGGAAAUUGCGCGUGGAUUUAAGAAAAGAGUUGGGGUUCAGAAGCUGGAGAGGAGAUUCUCUGUUUCCUUAAAGAGAAGGAGAACAGGCAAGAGUGCGAGUGCAAAGUGUGGUUCUUCGUCCUCCAAAGAUAGCUCAUUUUUUGGGGGAAUCAGCGUUGGAAUUAUGUACAUGAUGUCGGCUGGGAAAGCUGAAAUCAGUAAGCUUAACACAACUGUAGAUGAGACUGCAAAAGUUGUUCAGGAACUAAAAGCGGAGCUUUACAAAAGAAAAUCAUCAAGCAAUACGCAUGCCUCAAGUUCUGUUGAUGAAGUUCAUGCAACAAAAUUUAGGGACAAGAAUAUUGAGCCAGUGCAUAUUGAAUCAAAGAGAGUUUCUAACAGUCUGAAGGACUCUGUUCUUCCUGUAAGUGAAUGUGCAAGUAGUGUUCUUACUGAAGAGCCAGCACCAGAAAUGCUAGAAAUGGAUCAGCUGGAAGCAGAGCUAGAGUCUGAGCUGCAAAAACUUCCUGGGUGCAUUACUGAAGAUCAUGGCCUUGAAGGGAUGAGAUCAUCAGGUUUUGGUGAGACUGAAGUUAUAUCUGGGGUGUGCUGUGAACCAGAUGGCCAGACCUCUGAUUGUCACCAAUUCAAUGGGGUGUCACCAUCUGAACUGGAUCAGAAACUGUCUCAUUUGCUCAUUGAGCAGCAAGGAAGCCAAAUUGUGGAGUUGGAGUCUGAACUGCACCAGGCUCACUCCAAACUCCAUGACAAGGAAGCCGAGCUUCAGGCACUGAAGGACUGCGUUCGACGCCUCACUGCUUUCACUCUUUCUAGUGUCUCAGAGGAUGAAGCUGAGGGUCAGGCGGAGCAGGACAUCAGCAGCGAUCAAAGCAGCAGCUACAACAAAAUGGGACCUGCCGAUUCAAAGACAUCGUCGGUAGUGGGAAUGAAAAGGGCAAUAGAUUUUGAAUCAUGCAGUUAUGUGGUACGAUGACACCUUCAUGUGGAAGUAAAUGGGCAAUUAGUGGGUUGCUGUCAGAUCUUGCUGGCUCCGUAAGGUGGGUUGGUGGGUAGUGUCAUCAGAUCAGAUGCCCAUCAGAUUCUAGCUAGGUACGCCCCCUGGGUGGUUCAUGUACCCAUAAAUAAUGCAUCACCUCCUCUUUUUUAUAUGUUAAGUGUAGUUGCCGUUCUUCUCAUAAUAUUAAGUUUUGCGUCCUUUUUUCUUUCAUGCUGCCGUCUUAGUUUUAGUUUUCCAAAAUUUUCAUCCAUUUGUCAGUUAUAAAUAAUGGCAUGAUAUGAAAUGAGAUGGAAUUCAUCUUUAUAAUUUUACAUAUUCACCAAAUAUGAAUACGAUUUUCAUUUCAUUCC